UCUAAGUUGACUGAAACAAGUUCAUCAUGCUUCAGUCCAGCUUUUUGUUUCUACUGGUCUGCCUGGUCUGUGCUAAUGCACAUACAGCAUCACCCUGCCCUCCUCAGUCCCAAUACAGUUGGUUCACAUGCGCCAACCAGCAACCAAAUUCAACGAAUUGUUAUCAACCAUGCGCAAUGAUAUUCAAACCUGGAUGCAAGUGUAAGCCGGGGUAUGUACUGCGUGCGAAUUUUACCUGUGUUCCGGCGCCGAAUUGUUCUACCACUACGAACGCAAACACGCCAACCACUUCAACAUCAACUCCGGAUUCGCCACCAGAUUCUACGUCAGAAACAACUCCAAGUACGACGCCAAGCACUAAAUCACCCUCGACUUCGUCACCGAAUUCUCCACCAUCACAAACUCCGAGUAGGACGCCAGGCCCCGACAUAACCACGAGUUCCACGAUCUCUACAACAUCAAAACCUCCAGGUACGCCGACAGGCUCUGAAUCAACCACGAAUUCAUCACCGGAUUCUACGACAUCACAAACUUCGAGUACGACGCCAGGCCCCGACAUAACCACGAGUUCCACGAUCUCUACGACAUCAAAACCUCCAGGUGCGCCGACAGGCUCUGAAUCAACCACGAAGUCAUCACCGGAUUCUACGACAUCACAAACUUCGAGUACGACGCCAGGCCCCGACAUAACCACGAGUUCCACGAGUUCUACGACAUCAAAACCCCCAGGUUCGCCGAUAGGCCCUGAAUCAACCCCGAAUUCAUCACCGGAUUCUACAUCACAAACUUCGAGUACGACGCCAGGCCCCGACCUAACCACGAGUUCCACGAGUUCCACGACAUCAAAACCCCCAGGUUCGCCGACAGGCCCUGAAUCAACCACGAAUUCAUCACCAGAUUCUACGACAUCAGAAACUCCGAGUACGACGUCAGGCCCCGACAUACCCACGAGUUCCACGAGUUCUACGCCAUCAAAACCCCCAGGUUCGCCGAUAGGCCUUGAAUCAAUCUCGAAUUCAUCCCCGGAUUCUACGACAUCACAAACUUCGAGUACGACGCCAGGCCCCGACAUAACCACGAGUUCCACGAGUUCUACGCCAUCAAAACCCCCAGGUACGCCGACAGGCCCUGAAUCAACCUCGAAUUCAUCACCGGAUUCUACGACAUCACAAACUUCGAGUACGACGCCAGGCCCCGACAUAACCACGAGUUCCACGAGUUCCACGACAUCAAAACCCCCAGGUACGCCGACAGGCCCUGAAUCAACCUCGAAUUCAUCACCGGAUUCUACGACAUCAGAAACUCCGAGUACGACGUCAGGCCCCGACCUAACCACGAGUUCCACGAGUUCCACGACAUCAAAACCCCCAGGUACGCCGACAGGCCCUGAAUCAACCUCGAAUUCAUCACCGGAUUCUACGACAUCACAAACUUCGAGUACGACGCCAGGCCCCGACAUAACCACGAGUUCCACGAGUUCUACGACAUCAAAAACCCCACCAGGUAACCCGCAAUCCACGCAACCGUUCGAUAAUUCGUCACUGACGACUGAGAUUGGUCCGGAAUCACCAAACACCCCUUCUACGUUACUAUCGCCCCCGCCGAAGCGUUCAUGCUGUGCUCUGGUCGUUCUACUGGAGAACUGCAGCUACCCGGAAUUCAAUCUGACUUCGAUCAGUAAAUCGCAGGGCAACCAGCUAGAAGACAUGCCGUGCUGUCAGCUGAUCAAUGACAAUUUUGUGAAUAGAUUGAAGGAAAAAUGUAAGGGGAAGAAAGUCAAUCAAUUGGAUUUGGGGUCUGCAAGCCUGAUAAAUACCCGAAGUGGUGCCAAACAGAAUUUACAGAACUUCAGAUCAUAUUUCAGGCGACGAAAUGCCCGAUAUGGAGACCAUGAUAGUUCAGAGAAACAUGCGUUCAAAUCAUACAGGUACCGAAAACGCUUGGGGAGCGAUCAUGCGUAUCGAUACACUCGCUAAGGGUGUAGUCGCACAGAAUUGAAUGGUUAUUCAGUUAUGGAACGACUUAAGCCUUCGAUGUUUUGGGUUACAGAUUAUGUAUAAUUCUUUGCUGUAAGAUUUAAUUCAUUUGAAUUUUUGGGUUUUGGGUAAUGUACAAUUAUUUACAAUAUCGUUAAAUAUAUUUCAACAGACACAGUGA